CUGCCUAGGGCUGUGCCUGUCUAUAAUGUAGAUGGGACUCCCAAUGAGGGUGGAUCUAUUAGGCAGGAGACAGAUGUGAUCAUGAGGUACCAUGACCAUUCAGAGAGAGCAACCUUUAGUGUCUGUAACCUGGGAAGCAGGGCCAUUAUUGUGGGGCAUACCUGGCUUAAGCUGCAUAACCCAGAAAUAGACUGGAAGACUGGACAAGUGACUAUGUCC